AUGAACAACAUUGCGAAGAGUUUGCGCGCGACAUUUCCUCCCGAAGAGCUGUAUCUCCUCCUCGCCAAGCGAAAUAGCGGUAGCUUCACCUACGAUGGCAUCGAACGGGGGGGCGAGCGUGUAUGCCACGAGAUCGAAGAAGAGAUGAAGAUGAUUGAGGAAAAAGGUGGCAAGAUUACAAAGUUGAGUAUCAUUGGGUACUCACUCGGUGGGCUUGUGUCGCGUUAUGCUGUGGGCUUGCUGGAAGCCAAGGGUAUUCUCGAUCGCGUCGAGUGUAUGAACUUUACAACGUUUGCGACACCACAUCUCGGCGUGCGAUCGCCGCUCAAGGGAUGGCACAACCAUGUCUGGAACGUCCUCGGCGCGAGGACGCUGUCCAUGUCUGGACGUCAGUUGUUCAUCAUUGACCAGUUCCGCGAUACUGGAAGACCGCUGCUGGCUGUGCUGGCAGACCCCAAAUCAAUCUUCAUGUCAGGCAUGCGGAAAUUCAAGCGGCACACAUUAUACUGCAACAUUGUCAACGAUCGCAGCGCAGUGUACUACACGACAGGAAUACAGAAGACCGACCCAUACAGGGAUCUGGACUCGCUCAGGGUGAAUUGGGUGAAAGGGUAUGACAACGUCAUACUUGAUCCUGCGAACCCUUACAAGGCCUAUACCAAAGUCCCAGAUCCGACUUCCUUUUCGUCGUUGACGGUGGCGGGCCUGCGGUGGCUAAAGAGGAUACCAUUCAUGAUUGCACUUGGCAUCUUUGUUCCGAUUGGCGUAAUCGGAUAUCUCUUGAACUCCAUCGUGCAGAACGCACGAAGCUCAAGUCGCAUCAAGCUCUACGAGAAAGGACAUGAGGGCGUCAGAAUCGAACAGUAUCGAGUCCCUGUCCUUCUCAAAGAGAUGCGGGAGGAAGUCGAACAGGUUUUUGAGACGAUCAACAGUUCUCAAGAGCAGGAGUAUCUGCGCCCCGAGGAUGAGUCCGACGCGGAACAUCUGGGAGUUGACCAGCGCUCUCGGAUGAAGAGAGAGCGCAGAAUGUCUGUAGCUUCGGAGCCUACUUUGGCAUUGGCCCCAGCUCAGUUCGAGAUGAUUGAUGGGCUGGACACACUCAACUGGCGGAAGUAUCCCGUCUGGAUCCAAAGAAUCCGGCAUAGCCAUGCAGCCAUCAUUGUGCGGAUGGACAGGGAUGCGUUCAGCGAGGGCAAGUUGGUACUGAAGCACUAUGCUCAGUCCGAAUUUGUGAGGUGA